AUGUCUGCCUUUCUCUUUCUAAUACUUCAAGCUUUGCCACCAUCUGGAAUUCAACUUCAAUUGCUCCUCAAUUCCUCUCUCAAAAUCAAAAACCAAAUCCAUUUCUCAGUUUUACCUUUUCAUCUAGAUUUCUUGCGAAUUGGUGUUUUUCUUCAUUAGGGUGGUUUGGUUAUGAGAAGUUGAAUCAAAGUUUGUGUUUUUAGAGCAUCCAUGGAAGCUCUGAAUCAUUCCUUGUUUGAUUCAACUCUGAAUUGGUUGAUCCAAGACGAUACUAGUACUAUUAUCACAAACUGGUCUAAGAAUGAGAACAAGAUAUUUGAAAAAGCUCUCGCGAAAUACGACGAGACAACGCCUGAUCGAUGGGAGAAAAUAGCUGCCAUGAUUCCUGGAAAGACUGCUUCGGAUGUUCUAAGGCAAUACUCAGAGUUAGAAGCAGAUGUUAGCGAUAUAGAAGCCGGUUUGGUCCCAAUUCCGGGAUACUUAUCCUCGUCUUUCACAAUGGAAAUGGUAAAUAGUCGCAGCUUUGAGGCGUUUAAAAAGAGAAACUCUGCAGAUCGAUCAUCCGAUCAAGAGAGGAAGAAAGGAGUACCCUGGACAGAAGAAGAACAUAGGCGGUUUCUGAUGGGGCUUCAAAGAUAUGGUAAAGGAGACUGGAGGAGCAUCUCGAGGAACUUUGUCAUCUCGAAGACACCAACUCAAGUAGCAAGUCAUGCUCAGAAAUACUUCAUAAGGUUGAACUCCGGGGGUGGAAAAGAUAAGAGGCGACCAAGUAUCCAUGACAUCACAACGGUCCAUCUCACUGACUCUACUCCAAUAUCAGACAAUAACAACGAAUCUCAAUCACAAACACCACAAAAAGAACAAAAGCUUCCGUGUCCAUCGAAAGAACCGCCUCAAUGGUUUCUUCCACGCACAAACAAUGGAAUGGAGAUGCUUUUCAACUCGAAUUGGGAUAAUAAUCCAUUCCCUUGUGAGAUGGCUUCUUAUCUUAGGCCACACAACUCUAUGUUACAAAUGCAAUCCAAAAGGUAUCAAAUUCAUGGAUGAAUUUCAGUUCCAUCUGGAAGCGCUUUAAGUUUAAACGGAGAAUCAGCUGUGGGGUGCCAUGUUAGUUUUCAUUUAAUUUCAAAAAAAAAAAAAUCAUGGAUGAAGGAAGAAGAAGCAUUAAUAGUUUUGUUUAGUACUAUGUUUCAUGGUUAGAUGCUAUAUCAAUAUUAUUAUUGUUAGUGCAAGAUAUUUAUAUGAAGUAUCAUUCCUUACCAUC